AUGCAAGUAAAGCAAGCAACCAAGAAGACUAUCGCCCUGACAAGCAUGCAGGAACAGGAGAAGAACACCCACACCCCCCCAAGCCCCACACCACCACCCAACACCACCAUGACCGAUGGAACACCACAACACCCCACCCACACCAUCCCACAAUCUGGCUAUCAACCUGUUGCAAGAAAAUCUGGGAAAAAAGUACCAGUUGGAGCAGUUUCUAUUUAUCCGGGUGGAGAUUUAUUUGCUCCCAACGUGAUUUCUGAGACAGCACACAGCAAGAAAGCAAAACGAGAGCCAGUCAAUACUGGAGGGCUGUUCGAUGAUGAGGAAGAUGAUUUAUUUGGAUCAAAUGUGAAAACCUCGGGAGCAGAUAAAACUGAAAGCAAGCUGGCCACAAGUCUUUUUGAUGAAAGUGAGGACAGUGGGCUCUUUGAAGCAAGUGUAACACCAAAACCUGUCAAAGGGAAAUCAGGGGCACAGCAGAAUGCGCAGCUGCACUCUGAAUUAGUAGAAUCCUCCCCCCCACUUGUUGAAAAGUCCCAAACCAGUUCUGGUCUCUUCUCUGAUGAUGAUGACUCUCAGGACUUAUUCUCUUCAAACAAGGCCACAAAAAGGCACCAAUCAAAGCAAUCCUUAGUCCAGAACACGUCCAGCCAGAUUCCAGUCUCGUUCUUCAAUGAUGAGGGUGAUCUCUUCAGUUCUGCUCCAUCAAAUGAUCUUUCUGCCAUAAAGAAAUCGCAGCAACCGCAUGAGCCUAAAACUGCAGCUACUGGAUCAAAAUCUGCUGCUCUGUUUGAUAGUGAUGACAAGGACGAAUGGCAAAGUUUGGGACAACAAACCAUUUCCGCCUCUCAGUCUGUGGGUGAGAAGAAACAAGAGGUGCCCAAGGCUGCUGCAACCUCAAGAGCACCAAAGAAGACCAGUCUGUUUGACUAUCCUGAAGAGGGUGACUUAUUUGGUGUGACUCAGAAGGAAAGUCAGAAGAAAUCCCAUAAAGUGUCCCUUUUGUUUGAAGAUGAUGAUGAAGGUGAUCUGUUUGCAUCUAAACCAGCAGCUAACAAACCACCUCCUUCUCAGAAGCCUUCCCCUCCGCAGAGCUCACCCCUCUUUGGUGAAAUUGAGAGCAAUCACUCUGUCACAGAGUUUGAUGGGAAGAGACAAGUGGAACAGGGAGCUGGUGGCAAACCAGUGUCAGUGGGAACAACACACCUAUUUGCUGGGUCUGAUAUUCUUGAGCAAAGUGACACAAAGGUGCUGGUCUCUGAGGCUGUCGUUGCCCAGGAAUGUGAUGAUCUAGCCAAACCGAGUGUUGCUGGUUUGCUGGGAGAAUUACACAGCAAUUUGAACUCUGUUGUGAGCCUGUUUGAUGAAGACGAAGAUGAGAAUCUGGAGGAUGUGCACAACCAGUGUAAGCUCAUGAAAAAUGAAAAGCUUCCUGAGGGUGGUGUUAGCACCAGGGUGUUCCAGGAUGAGGAGCUGCUAUUCAGUCAACAGCAACAGAAAGACAAUGACCCUGAUGUCGAUCUCUUUGCAGAUGCUUUAAAAUCAGAGGUUAAAACGCUGGGUAAAAAGCCCCCCGUUAGCCCUCCGCCCACAGAACAGGCGAGGCUCCCAGAGCUUCCAAGCAGUGAUCUUUUUGACGGAACUGAUGACCUAUUCAGCACUUCAAAGCCACGGUCUGUAAAAGUGCCUUCAACCAAAGACAGUAUUUUUGGAGACGGUGUAGAUGCGGAUCUCUUCAGGACUGUUCCGAAGAAGCCGUCUGUGACACAAACGAAGCCAAAGUUUAAGGGAACAGGAAUGUCGUGGGGUGCCUCCACCAAAACCAGUGAGCAUCCUAAGGAAGCAUGUGGUGAAGUUCUGGAAAAACAGAGACCAGGAGAUAAGGAACGGUCAUUCCUGGUGCUUUCGAUUUACACUUCCAUGCAGCACGCAACCAACUCUGCAAAUUUGGAAAAAAUCACAUUGUCUUUGUCCUUAUGUUUUCAGCUGGUCUCUGAGGCUGUCGUUGCCCAGGAAUGUGAUGAUCUAGCCAAACCGAGUGUUGCUGGUUUGCUGGGAGAAUUACACAGCAAUUUGAACUCUGUUGUGAGCCUGUUUGAUGAAGACGAAGAUGAGAAUCUGGAGGAUGUGCACAACCAGUGUAAGCUCAUGAAAAAUGAAAAGCUUCCUGAGGGUGGUGUUAGCACCAGGGUGUUCCAGGAUGAGGAGCUGCUAUUCAGUCAACAGCAACAGAAAGACAAUGACCCUGAUGUCGAUCUCUUUGCAGAUGCUUUAAAAUCAGAGGUUAAAACGCUGGGUAAAAAGCCCCCCGUUAGCCCUCCGCCCACAGAACAGGCGAGGCCCCCAGAGCUUCCAAGCAGUGAUCUUUUUGACGGAACUGAUGACCUAUUCAGCACUUCAAAGCCACGGUCUGUAAAAGUGCCUUCAACCAAAGACAGUAUUUUUGGAGACGGUGUAGAUGCGGAUCUCUUCAGGACUGUUCCGAAGAAGCCGUCUGUGACACAAACGAAGCCAAAGUUUAAGGGAACAGGAAUGUCGUGGGGUGCCUCCACCAAAACCAGUGAGCAUCCUAAGGAAGCAUGUGAUGAAGUUCUGGAAAAACAGAGACCAGGAGAUAAGGAACGACUCACCGCCAACACAGGUCCCAUUAAAACAAAAGGGCCUUCCUCUCGGAUUGGAAAACUCCAAGCAAGCCUGGCAAUUAACCCAGCCAGCCUCCUACCUGGAGCUGCACCUAAGAUAGCUGUUGUUCCAUCUGGAUCAACAACCCCACCUUCUUCACCUGAUUCCUCUUUGAGAGCAGCCACACCUUCAGCAUCAGGAUCAGUUGCAGGCGAGGGCAUCUCUGCGAGUUUGGACCAACCAGUACAAGUGGACGUUUUGCCCAGUGUUAAUAAGAGCCGUGCAAGAGUAGGGCAGAAACGUCGACCUCCGACCAGGGUGGCACGGAGACUGGCAGCUCAGCAAUCCAAUGAGAGAGAAGAUUUGGACCAGAGAACUGAAGUUGAUGGCGUUCUUUUGGAAGCAAAUGGUAUUGCAGACAUUUCACCAACAGUCAUCGUCCAAAAGCCACAUUUGGCCAAGACACCAACUUCACAGCAACCCAGUAGUGAUGCUAGUCCUCCCACUGCCACCUCCACAAAACUGCCAGUACGCUCUUCGAGAGAUCUGUUUGAUUCAGGUGAUCUGUUCAAACCAAAUGUGACACAGGAGUCAACUCCUGCAGUCAGGACACUGGAGGGCUUGUUACCCAAGGAGGACCCAGUCCAAUCAAUCUUCGCACCAAGCGAGGAUGACCUUUUCCAAUCCAGUAAACGGACUGUAAAGAAACCCAAACCAGUGGCAUUUCUUCAGGAGGAAGAUGAUCUUUUUGGUACGCCAAAAUUAGGGAAAACUAAACACUCAGCUCAGGAGAAUUCAAAAACACCAGAUAUCUUUGAGGAUGAUUUGUUUUCCACGGAAUCUGUUACAUUGACCAAGAAAAGUAAUGAGGGAAUUGCGAGCAUCGACCUCUUCAGUGAUCACGUAGACAUAUUCGCUGACUUAAAAGUCACUCCGAAGGAGAAGAAGAGCCGAAAGAAAGUAGAAACAAAGUCUAUAUUUGAUGAUGAUAUGGAUGAUAUUUUCGCUUCUGCCUCACCCUCAUCAAAUAGCAAGAAACAAUCCAAACCCAAGACCAGUUCAAAGCAGGCUGCAGUUCCUGUCAGCACAGCAGACAGCAAAACUGUGGACAUUUUUGAUGAUCCUCUGAACGCCUUUGGACCAUGAGAUUUGGUGAAGAGCAUCAUUCAUAAAAUUAUGGGAACGAGAGAGAGAGAGAAUUUUAUAUUUACUGUUUGACAUUGAAAGUAUUGAAUUGCACUAAAUAGGAAAAUAAUUUGCCUGAAUGAUGACGUGUCUACAUCAGAGAGAAGUUUGUUUCAAAAAAUCACAGGCAGUAUUCACUGCUGAGGUGGACUUUGGCACUUGCCUUGGUGAACAAUGACAGCUACCUUAGAAGAUUUGAUGAUAUGCUUACAGUAGUUAUGAACACUUCACACUAAUUUGCUUUAUGCACUGGACCUGUGAUUAGCAUUUUUUCUCUUUCUUCACUCUAUCGUUCAUUCCUUCGUCAUUAAAUCACAGUAUCCUUUAACCAAGUUCUAAUAAUUCUCAAUUUUUUGUAAAUGAACUUUUUCUCCAAUCUAUUUACCGUGAAAAGACUUUUAAUUUGAGCUUUAGACACUUCAUCUCAUAGAGCUAUGCAUUGGACCUCUCACCCUUAAUGGUCCUUGUUCACUGAUUUUUUUUUUUAAUUCACCUGUACAUUUUUGAGAUAUUCAGAUUUAACAUUAAUCUUGUGACCUAUGUUCCAUUUUUCUAGAAUAGAAAUGUCAGUUAGAUCUGUGUAAGAUAAUGUAAAUACUUCUGAAAUGAAAGAUAUGCUUCGUAAAUACAUUCAUUGCAAGCUUACAAAGACCACUGGACAAUAUACAUUAGAGGUUUUACUAAGACCUUGUGUUGAGACCAGUAAAUUACUGUUGUAUCUGUUCACUUCAGGCUGAUGUCUUUGAUUAUCUGUCAUGUUUUGAGUUUAAAUUGCUGAAAAAUAAAAUUGCACAGUGAACAAA